AUGCUCCACUUGGCCACAACAGUCAGUCAGGUAGCCAUGGGCAAAUGCAAGGGGGGGAAAGAAGGUUUGGGGAGGGAAGAGUGGAGGUUUCUGGGGGAAAGUUUGGUUUGUGAGGGGGAGAAAGGUUUAAGGGGAAGGUUUUGCAUGGGGAAGAGUGUGGCCAGCAGGUCCAGGGAGAUGAUCCUCUACUUGGCCCCAGUGAGGCCACAUCUGGAGUGCUAUCUUCAGUUCUGGGCUCCACAGGUCAAGAAAGACAAGGAGCUACUGGAGAGGGUCCAGCAGAGGCCAAAGAUGAUGGAGGGGUCUGGAUCAUCUCUCUCAGGAGGGGAGACUCUGAGAGCUGGGCCUGCUCAGUCUAGAGAAGAGAAGACAGCAGGAAUCUCAUCAAUCCAUACAACUAUCUCCAAGGCACCGUGCUGCGGGAAGCUGUACCCGUGCCGGCUGUGCCACGACGGCGCCGAGGAGCACCAGCUGGACCGGUUCCGGGUGUCCGAGGUGCAGUGCACCCGCUGCCGGCUCCUGCAGAAGGCCCAGCAGCGCUGUGAGGGCUGUGGCAGCCUCUUUGGGGAGUACUACUGUGACAUCUGCCACCUGUUUGACCGUGACAAGAAGCAGUACCACUGCGAGGAGUGCGGCAUCUGCAGGAUUGGCCCCAAGGAGGAUUUCUUCCACUGCUCCAAGUGUAACUUGUGCCUGAGCCUGAGUCUCCAAGGAAAGCACAAGUGUAUUGAAAAUGUCUCCAGGCAGGACUGCCCAAUAUGUUUGGAGGAUAUUCACACAUCACGUGUUGGAGCCCAUGUUCUGCCGUGUGGUCACCUUCUUCACAGAACAUGUUACGACGAAAUGCUGAAGGAAGGCUACAGGUGUCCUUUGUGCAUGCACUCGGCCUUGGACAUGACCAGGUACUGGCGCCAGCUGGACAACGAAGUGGCACAGACUCCCAUGCCCACGGAGUACCAGAACAUGAUGGUGGAGAUCCUUUGCAACGACUGCAAUGCCCGCUCCACGGUGCAGUUCCACCUCCUGGGCAUGAAGUGCCAGAGCUGUGAGUCCUACAACACGGCCCAGGACGGGCGGUGCCGGCUGUCCUUGGAGGAGCAGUGACCGGGACAGCGCCGGGCCCCGGGAGAGACUGUUUUGCAAACAAAGCAACUCUUGUGUCAGUAAAAAUUCCAGUGUUCUGAGUUCAAGGAGUCCUUUACUGCGUCGGGCAGGAGGCAGGUGAGAGGAGCAGCACGGGGAGAUGUGGCGAGCAGCUGGCUCAGCAGCAGGAGGAGUUGUGGGGCAGCUCCAGGGGGAAGGGAGGUUGGAGGUGCAGCUCUCGGGGAAAGUGGGUCGCUUUGAGAGGCCUUUGGGGCCGGUGCCAACAUCCACGGGGCUGUGUGUGGGGUCGUGGUGUUCCCUGGGAAUGAUGUGUGCCCACAGGGACAGCGGGCAGGAGUGGCAUCCUCGGCUCCCUUCGUGCGCUGUCACCUGUGUGUACAGAAUUCCCUCCAAACAGGGGAGUUGCCCUGCCUGCUGGGAUGAACAGCCGGAAGAUCCAGGUGCACAGCCCCCCUUUUUCCCCUGGACACCCGUCCUGACUCGCUGCCGUCCCUCUGCUCAGACUCCUUUGCCAGCUGCAGUUGCUUUUCCCCCCAUUUCUUCCUCAUUUUGCACUGGCAAAGGCCGAGGUGGUGUGGGGUUUGAGACACAUGCAUAGCUGGAUUUUGCUGGUUAGGUACCUAAAGUGAAGCACAUCCUUCACAUCAGGCUGAGCCUGAGAUGUUCACUGAAAUGAAGCAGUCCAGGGUCCAGUUUUCAGUGGUUUUGGUGUUUGUUAAUGGUAGAACUUCACUGUGGGGAGGGAACUGGGGGGGUGAACAACUGCCUUUUGAAAGAAAUAAAAACCCCAACUCCACCCUCUUUCAUGUAACAUCCUGCCUGAGGUGUUUUGCAGUCUUAAAUAUUGCAGAAAGUCCUUGAUUUCUGUGAAUUUCACAUGCAGAUACUUUACAAUAAUAAGAUAUAAAAAAGGGUCAGUUAUUCUUCCGGUUAUAACUACUCAUUUUUAACUUGUUCUGUUGUAAAAUGAGCUUUUCUUAAUCCAGCAGUGCCCAUUUUCUGUAGGGAAUAUUUAGGAUUUGGAUGGUAGCUAUGGUAGCUUGCCUUGACUGGGGUAUCUUUUUCUGGAGCACUUUUCUCACUGCUAUAAAUAAAUGUAAAAUAAGGUCUCUAUUAAAAUAAACAAACGACGCUGUG